GGAGUUGCAAGCAGAGAAAUUCUGGCCUCGCAACCCCUCUCACCAGUCUUCAUCAUCCAACAUCCAUCGAGGACCGGCCAUCACCACCCAACGACAAUCAAGAUGGUCAAUUUGCGAACUCAGAAGCGCCUGGCCUCAGCGGUCAUCGGCUGUGGCAAGCGCAAGAUCUGGCUCGACCCCAACGAGCAGAGCGAGAUCUCCAAUGCCAACUCUCGCCAGACCAUCCGAAAGCUCAUCUCCGAUGGCCUCAUCAUCCGAAAGCCCGUUACCCAGCACUCACGAUCGCGCGCUCGCGAGCUGAACCUCGCCCGACGAGAGGGCCGACACCGUGGCUAUGGUAAGCGUAAGGGUACCGCCGAUGCCCGUAUGCCUAGCCAGGUCCUCUGGAUGCGCCGCCUCCGAGUCCUCCGCCGUCUCUUGGUCAAGUACCGUGCCAGCGGCAAGAUCGAUAAGCACCUUUACCACGAGCUGUACCACAGCAGCAAGGGUAACGCUUUCAAGCACAAGCGUGCCCUCGUUGAGCACAUUCACCGUGCUAAGGCUGAAAAGGCCCGUGAGACCGCCCUUCAGGAGGAGAUGGAUGCCAAGCGUGCGAAGAACAAGGCUGCCCGCGAGCGCAAGCAGGAGCGUGCGGUGGCGAAGCGAAAUGCUCUCCUUGCCGAGGAGUAAGAUUAAACCUGGUGGACAAUGACAACAUUUCGGUCUUGAGAGGAGGCUGCAUUCGGAGUCUACGGGUUGGGUCUCUUUUUAUGCCCUUCUGGUUUCUACACUUGUACCGGCGGGGGUUCAGGCAUGUAGCAUUGAAAAAAAUGGAAUCGAUGAUGCUCGGAUGCUUGGAUGUUUCACCAUUUACGACCUUCUCGUGAGCACUUGUUCCGCUCAUCAUGACUUAAGUACCACCAGCGUUUUGAAAAAAUAAUGUGCGCGGUCUGGCUUACCAGGAGAGCAUUGUUCGUGACGCCUCAUAUGUGUCAUUGCCUCGAUUAGCGAGUGUGAAUUGUCGAAAACUGAGCCACAAUCAAAAGUCCCGACUUUCUAUAUGAUUGGCAUAUUCCCUACACUACCUAGUUGCCAUACUCAUUUGAACAAUUAUGAAUUCAAACCUCCGCUUGGUUGGACAGUGACAGGCAAAGCCAGCAUAUCUAACCCAAGGUACCUAAAAAUGCCAACGACCUGACUAUUUCAAGGGCAGCCAGAUGAUAUUGUGGAAAUAAACGGAAUAAGCGGAGGCUCAGUUAAGUCGAUCCUCCUUAAAGAAGAAGGCUAUCCCAUGUCAAUGAGUGUAGCGAGGUUGCACCAGCUCCAGACGGACCUAUGUAUUUGCUGUCCAAACGGUCCUAUCAUGCAUACCUAACUUCACGGAUACGGGUGAAUGAGGAAAC